UUGAACAUAGUCGACUGUCACCUUUAUCUCAUAAUCAAAUUGAACAAGAAUCGGAAUUAAGGUUUUUUAACAAUUUAACCACUAUUUUAAACAACGUAAUUUUGGAGAUUUCCGCGAGGAGAAGAGAGAAGAAACUUUUAUUUUAAACGCGAGCAAAUUCAAACUCACCAAAGACAUCAUCACCUUCCGCUGUGGCAAACGUAACAUGUUUUGAAAGGGCGGAGGAAAAGGCGAUUCAAAAUUCAGCGGAGUGUUUUGAUAAGAGUUGGGCUGAUCUUUGAAGGAGUUUACCGGCAGCGCGCCUUCAGUGCGUAAGGUUGCAUGGCUAACGGGUACUCGCGACACAUCUCGAGCCACGCGACGGAGCGAUCAGAAGAGCCUUCUCUCGUAACGUUAGCUAGUGAUAGAUGUGCUAUCUAGAGACUCGGAGCAUCAUCCUCUUCCCGUUCGUUGCAUCGCCACUUGUAUCAGACAGCGACUUGAGACUUCCUCGCAGUGACUGGGCUUGAACUCCAGUCGAAGAAGGCGGAGUCUGAACUUAUUAAAAGGAACUCGCCGAGGCUCGGUCGCAAAUAUGAUGAUGAUGUCUCUGAACAGCAAGCAGGCGUUCGCCAUGCCCCACACCAGUUUAUCAGAGCCCAAAUACUCCAGUUUGCAUUCUUCCACUUUGACUUCCAACGCGCCCUCGUCGUCCUGUUCGUCGUCCCGCCACAUCAACACGAUCAGCGGCAGCUCGGAGGCGAUGCGCCGAGCAUGUCUCCCAAACCCACCGAGCAAUAUAUUCGGCGGUUUGGAUGAGAGUUUGUUGGCCCGCGCGGAAGCUCUGGCGGCGGUGGAUAUAGUCUCGCAGACCAAAAACCAUCAUCACCCUCCUCAUCACAGUCCCUUCAAGCCGGACGCAACCUACCACACCAUGAACACGCAUCCUUGCACCUCCUCGUCCUCCUCGUCGUCGUCCGUGCCCAUCUCGCACCCGUCCGCUCUUGGGAGCCAUCACCACCACCACCAUCAUCACCACCAUCACCAGCCGCACCAGGGACUGGAGGGGGACCUGCUGGAUCAUAUCGCCCCUGGACUGGCACUAGCUGGGGCCAUGGCAGGGCCAGACGGCUCGGUGGUCUCCACGCCUGCGCACCCUGCCCACAUGGCAGGCAUGAACCACAUGCACCAAGCUGCCAUCAACAUGGCUCACGCCCAUGGGCUGCCAUCCCACAUGGGCUGCAUGAGCGACGUCGACGCAGAUCCCAGGGACUUGGAAGCGUUCGCUGAGCGUUUUAAACAGCGUCGGAUCAAACUCGGUGUGACUCAAGCGGAUGUAGGGUCAGCAUUGGCCAACCUGAAGAUUCCGGGUGUGGGCUCUUUAAGCCAGAGUACCAUCUGCCGAUUUGAAUCUCUCACGUUGUCUCACAACAACAUGAUCGCUCUGAAGCCCAUCCUGCAAGCCUGGCUCGAGGAGGCUGAAAAGUCACACCGGGAGAAACUAAAUAAACCCGAGCUCUUCAACGGGGCUGAGAAGAAGAGGAAGCGGACCUCGAUCGCGGCCCCCGAGAAACGAUCCCUCGAAGCUUAUUUUGCUAUUCAGCCGCGUCCGUCAUCUGAGAAAAUUGCAGCAAUCGCAGAGAAGCUGGACCUCAAAAAGAACGUAGUGCGGGUUUGGUUUUGCAACCAGAGGCAAAAACAAAAACGCAUGAAAUACUCGGCUUGCGUGUAGCUCGAACAAAACUGAUUCGAAGACCAACACACGUCGAGAGACUCCUAGAACUGUUUAGAGACGAUUUGUAAAAUAUUUCUUAUCUCACACUUUUUCAAUCAUCAAUAACUUGUGCAUUGAACCAGAAUAUCGUGACAUUCAAAAGAGACUGAAAAAACCAAAUCACUGUCACGUAUUACGGGAUGUGGAAUCAUUUUAAGGAUCGUUUGACUGAUCAAGUAAGACCAUUCGUUUUUCCUCACUUAUUAUAACACACUUUCAAUAUCAGAGGAGUAAGACUCUUGAAAACUCAAUCAGACAGCCUGCCUAAAGCUUAACAUAUUUCAGUAAUUUACCAGAAAGUGUUCUGUAUGAAUGCUACACACAGCACCAGUAGCCUAAUUAUAAACUGACCAACCCUGAGAAAAUCUUAAGGUCAAAAGAUUGGCAUUGUUUGUCAGUGUUUUCAUUUUAAGUAUUUAUUUCCCAGCAUGUCACACACCAAUCUGAUGUUAAUUCAGGGUCCACCAGAAAAAAGUGGACACGACUAGGUCUAACAAUUAUUCAGAAAACAUUUUUAAAUAAUAAACCAAACAGCUUCUUGUAAAUGAUUGAUUUAGCUGUUACAUGCAUAUUUUGUCUGUCGUCCUAGUUUCACUUCUGUGAUUUUAUUCAUGACAAAACUAGCCAAUUAGGCAAAACAUGCUGAGAAUAUCCGUAUUUGUCUUGUAAAGGCAUAUGGAUUUUGAACGUUUUGGUGUAUCUGACCUCUUAGUUACUAAAAUAGAAAAUAUUGGGUAUAUUGAACACGAUGAGGGGAUAAAUUGUUUUGUUAGUGAUGGGAUUUGUCCUGACAAAUAUCUGUUGCAAUACGCCUGCGCUCUAACGCAAUGUUUCUUAUGAACUAUUUAUCAUGUGAGGUAAUGUUUACUUCAUUACAUAUUUAUUGGGAUUCCCUCCACGUUUUUGCUUGAGAAAAUCAUAUUGAGACAACAAGGAUAACGUGGCCCUCUGCAAAUAGGGAAAAUUGCUUGAAAACACCAGUUUUCUUUUCUUUUUUCUUUCGUUCUGCUUUUAACGUUAGAGAAGGCACAAUCGAGAGGUAUAAAAGGAAUUUCUUUGAAAUUAUUUUAAUGUAUGUUAUCUGGUUAAUUAUUUGUACAAAUAUAAGCGUAUAAUUAUGGAGUCGUUGCUUGUUAAAUUCACCAUGUUUAGUAAUGUUUUCUUAUUGAGAAAUAUUAGUUUCAUGCCAACAGUCACGUACAAUGUAAAUAUCUCAUUUGGACAUACACAUAAGAUAUCCGUACAGGUAUUUUCUGUAUUGCUGUUUUAGCUGCGGUAACUGUAAUGUCUGUUGCUUUAGGUUUAAUUGUCGGAUCAAUUCAUUAAUUUAUUACUUCAAUGUAUAUUUAAGUUAAUAUUUGAUAAUUAAAUUGAACUAUGUGUUUCAUUAAAGAACAAAAUUUUAACAUUUUA